AUGUGCAUAUACUAUCUUGGACAGCCAAUGCUGGCUCCUCUAUGCGUCUUUACAAGCACUACCUUUGCAUCCGGCCGUGGCAUAUCAAUUGUCACGACACCGGAGCUAGCGGCUCAUGUUGCUUCUCUUCCCGCCUUCACCAAUCCUUCCCUUCUUAAGACUGAUAAAACCAAUGAACGCAGCGACAAAUGGUUCACAUCCAGCAUUCCGAACAAAGGCAUCGGAACCCUUGCCCUCCACGACCUCGCUCCAGACACCCAGAUCCUGCGAUACACUCCGGCCUUCGUCGCCUACCUCGAAGCCGACCUCAGCACCCUUGCCCGCGAAGCCCUCUGGCACACAGCUGUCACCCGCCUGCCUCCCACAACCCGCUCAUCUUUCCUUAGCCUCAUGUAUAUCUACGGUGAUCCUCGUGUGCGUAUCCAGGACAUCACAAAGGCAAACACCUUUCAGCUCAGCAUCGGCGGCACAAAUCAUCUCGCUAUUUUCCCUGAAACAAGCCGGCUGAACCACGACUGCGCCCCCAACGCCCAGUACGUUCUUGACCCACUGAUGCUAACGCACACUGUGCACGUCACUCGUCACGUCCCAGAGGGCGCUGAGAUCACCAUCGCGUACACGAGUCCUCUCGAGAAAUCAGCAGUUAGGGCCGAGCGGGUCGCAGAGGGAUUCCAUUUUGCAUGCGGGUGUGCGCGAUGUGAGGAUGCAGAGCGGUCGGACGCGGUGUUGGCGCGGGCGGCGGAGCUGCAGGCGCAGCUGAAUGACUGGAGUGGGAAGUCCGAAGCGACACCGGCGAUGGCAGCGGAAUUGGUGCGGAUGUAUGUUGACGAGGGGCUGGAGGGAUUUCUGGACGUACCGUUUGGGUUUGCGGCGUUGGCGUGGAAUGCGGUGGGGCAGACGGGGGAGGCGAGAGUAUGGGCUGCGAAGGCAAAGAGGGCAGUGUUGAGGAAGGAUGGGGAGGGGGCCGAGGCGCUGAGGAUCUGGGAUAGCUUGCUGGCAGAUGCGGAAGCGCAUUGGAGUUAUAAACGGCGGUUGUGA